ACAAUUUUGAAUUUGCGUGCGUCUUGUUGAUAUGGAUGGGAUUCGGUGUGUGUGUGAGUAACUUUUGUGAACAGGAGUUGCUUUGUUUCAAAGUUUGGAUUAAGGGGAACCGUGUGAUUAUUGGCCCACAGCGAGAGUGCAUCUCCAUCCAUGUAGGCCAGGCAGGUGUGCAGGUUGGCAAUGCCUGCUGGGAGCUCUUCUGUCUGGAGCAUGGGGUGGGGCCUGACGGGUUACUACAGGAUAUAACAUUGCAGCCCAAUACUCGUCAAGACCCCUUCAACACGUUCUUCAAUAUUGGAAGCUCAGGCCACCAUGUUCCCAGGGCCAUUUUUGUGGACCUUGAACCUACGGUGGUGGAUGAAGUUAGGUCUGGAACAUACAGACAACUGUUCCACCCAGAGCAGCUCAUUUCUGGAAAGGAGGAUGCAGCCAAUAACUAUGCUCGUGGGCACUACACUGUUGGCAAAGAGAUCAUUGACAUGGUCCUGGAGCGUGUUCGCAAACUGACGGAUCAGUGCACUGGACUGCAAGGUUUUCUGAUCUUCCAUAGCUUUGGUGGGGGCACCGGGUCAGGGUUCACAUCACUGCUGAUGGAGCGCCUGUCUGUUGAUUAUGGCAAAAAGUCCAAGCUGGAGUUUGCCAUCUAUCCAGCUCCUCAGGUGUCUACUGCAGUGGUAGAGCCAUAUAACUCCAUUCUCACCACCCACACUACCCUUGAGCACUCCGACUGUGCCUUCAUGGUUGAUAACGAAGCCAUCUACGACAUAUGCCGGAGAAACUUGGACAUUGAGCGUCCCACUUAUACCAAUCUCAACCGGCUCAUUGGCCAGAUUGUGUCCUCCAUCACUGCCUCGCUGCGCUUUGAUGGUGCCCUGAAUGUAGAUUUGACCGAAUUUCAAACCAAUUUGGUGCCUUACCCCAGAAUCCACUUCCCCCUCGUCACCUACUCACCAAUCAUCUCCGCGGAGAAAGCCUAUCACGAGCAGCUAACUGUCUCGGAGAUCACCAGCGCCUGCUUUGAACCGUCCAAUCAGAUGGUUAAAUGUGAUCCUCGCCAUGGCAAGUACAUGGCCUGCUGCAUGCUGUAUCGUGGUGAUGUUGUGCCCAAAGAUGUGAAUGCUGCCAUUGCCAACAUCAAAACGAAACGCUCAAUCCAGUUUGUAGACUGGUGCCCCACUGGCUUCAAGGUUGGGAUCAACUACCAACCUCCCACCGUGGUUCCAGGUGGAGAUUUGGCCAAGGUGCAGAGAGCCGUGUGCAUGCUAAGCAAUACCACUGCCAUCGCUGAGGCUUGGGCUCGACUGGACCACAAAUUUGACCUGAUGUAUGCCAAGCGUGCCUUUGUGCACUGGUAUGUGGGUGAGGGCAUGGAGGAAGGAGAAUUCUCUGAAGCCAGAGAAGAUCUGGCAGCCUUAGAAAAAGAUUAUGAGGAAGUUGGCACGGAGUCUGUGGAUGAUGACGAGGAGGGUGAGGAGUACUAAUCUCUCGUGCCAAGCCUGCCAUGCUUUAGCCUAAGUAAAGGGAAACAUCCUGUUUUUGUCUGUGUACUUGUCUCUUUUAAAUGUUUGUCCUCUGGGUUUCCAGACAAUUGACACUUUUUUCCUGUUCAACUGUGGUCAAUGUCAGUGUUUCUGGUUUGAUGACUCUCUCACUGGCUUGCAGUUGACUUCAGUGUUCUGCCAUAAAUAAAAUGUUUCAAUAUA